AUGUCUGACUCAGAGGGGGAUUUCAGUCGUCUAUUCCAUGAUUCCUACUCCGACAACUUUGACGACGAUGACGCCAGUGGGUCCAGCAAAGUGGCUCUGAGGAACUAUGUUGACUGUGUCCAGGCUCAGUUCUAUGGAGAGAUUAGUUUAGGAACCCCACCUCAAAUGGUCAGGGUGACCUUUGACACUGGAUCCAACAAUCUCUGGGUGCCCUCUUCCAAGUGCUCCGUCGCUGACAUCACAUGCUUGAUUCACCGGAAAUACAAUGAUACCAAGUCCAGCACAUAUGUCAAGGGUGGAAGAAAGUUUUCAAUUCAUUAUGGACUGGGAAGUGUAACUGGGUACCUCAGCCAGGAUACGUGCACAAUUGGAAGUGUAUCCGUAAAAGAUCAGGUGUUUGGUGAGGCCGUCAAGAUAUAUGGAGCGAACUUCGUUGGUGCUAAGUUCGAUGGAGUUCUGGGAAUGUCUUACCCAACAGAUGAUGCCAUGAGCCCUGUCUUUGACAACAUAAUGAAAAAGAAGCUGUUGGCGGAGAAUGUUUUCUCCUUCUACCUCAACCACAGGAUCUCCUCCAACCAGCCAGGGGGACAGCUACUGCUGGGUGGGACUGACCCUGCAUACUACACUGGGGACUUCCACUAUGCCAACGUCACCACAAAGGACCUCUGGAACAUCCACAUGGACGGGUUAGUGCUGCUAACCAGUGUAUUUAUUACAACCAGUGUAUUUUAUUUUAUCCGCAUAUCCCAACAACAGAAUAAUAUGGGUCCGGUCUGUUGUGUUCAGUAA